UUAAUCAAGUAGCAAGGCCUCUUCAAUCCUUUAACGCGACAUACGAACAAUUUAGAAAGUUCAAAGUAAACUGGUAAGAACUGUUGGUUUAAUAGCACUAUUUUAUUCCAUUUAUGGAGAAUUAUAAUCAUACUCAAAAUGGGGUCAAUGGAACUCCUUUCGGUGCCUCAUUUGGUAAUCAGCCCAGUAACUCUCCUGGAACCUCUCAAUUUCCAGUAACUUUGAACAGUGGAGGCGAGGAUUUAGAAAAGAAUUUAGAUGAAAAGUUGAUGAACGCGUUUCCUGGGUUAGAGUCUCAUGUCUUUCAGCAUUCUCAGCCACCACCGCAUCCGUUUGAGAUGCCUGCUUCUUUUGAAAGCCAUUACCCAUCAAAUUAUUUUCCUUUCGAAGCAUCCUAUCCCAAUGAACCACAUUUUCCAUCUCUAGCAUCCCCUCCUGUCAGCGCAUCUUCCUUUCCUACCCAAUUUCCUCCUUACUCUGAUACUGAUAACAGUUGGCAAAUUCCUCAACUACCUUCGAUUGCUUCGAAUAUACCUUCAGGACAACUGGAUCCUUCGUCUUUUUCUGCUUUGCAGCCCAAUGCUGGUCUUAACUCCAGUCCAUCUUCAUCUUUCCAAAUUCCUGUAUUAGGAUAUCCAAGUGGUCAUGCUGAUUUGAAAGAUACUAUCACGAAUAACACCUCUGGCUCUAUUUCCUCGUUCGUAGGCAAUAAUACCCCCUCAAGCACCAUCAACCCAAGUCCAUUCUCUAGGUCGCCUUCCUCAGACAAGCAAGUGAUUGAAAAAUUAAAGUCAAAAGCAAACCAAAAACCAACGGAAACUUCUUUGGGAUCUUUGCGACAAACACUAAAUGAAUGCCUUGAUCCAUUAAACACUAGCCAAGCUCCUAAGGAAUGUGUUGCUAUCCUCGUGAACAUGAUGAGCACCGUAACUCAGGAUGAUCAGAAACUACUAUUUCUUGAAAUUUUGAAAAACAAUAAUGAAGCAACGAUCUUUUCAGAGCUAGUAGAUGGUGGUCGAAAAUUAUUUCUUCCGAAACUACGUAAUUGGUUUGUUUCUGCUAUUCGUUCUAAAUCAGAUAAAGUUAUUCAUUCAAUUUUGCUUUUAUUAUGUAAAUUACCCAUAUCUGCUGAAAGGCUUGCAGAUGUCAAGUUUGGUAAACCAAUUUUGAUUGUAAAAAAGAAGUCAGCAAAUUCUGUCAUUCGACAGCAUGCUGAAAAGCUCUCCGAUCUUGCCGAGAAAUCUAUUGCAGUUGAACUAGGCAAGGAUCAGCUGAAAGAUCUCGAGAAAGAACCAACUAGACCCGAAACCGUUGCGAAGCCAACCAAUGUAUCAUCUACAAAUAGCAAGAACCCGUCAACCAAAAAGGUUACAAGCGUUCCUGGUACUUCCUUUUUCAAAAACUUGUCUAAUCCUAAAACCGGACCCGCUACAUCUGCGCCAAAACCCUCCACUGUGAGUGCUAAGCAAACAUCUACAUCAACGCCUCUUUCCUCUAUAGUAGCUGGAUUGAAAGGGAAGGAUGCCGAGUUGCAAAAGUCUCAGUCAUUACGGACAGAAUCUCAGUCCAAUUCACGUGACGAAUUGCCCAGUUUCAGAAAACGUUCUGCCAAAUCCGAAGAAGGAUCUGAGAAAUCUGAAGCAUCCAGUGAAGAAAGCUCUCUAAGGAAGAAACGCCGGAAGAAAUCCGUUACUUGGAAACCUGAUGAUGAGCUUGUUCAAAUUAAGGUCAUUGAGCAUGCAAAUGAAGAAGAAUUAGCUGUAAAAACACCUCAUAUAUAUGGGAGUGCAAGAGAUUUAGAUAGACAGGAGGCCCGCGUUGCUUUUGGUAAUCAGGUUGAAGACGACGUUGAAGACGAAAUAAUUUGGUACAGACCAAAGCCUAUUCAUUUUGUAAUAUCAAAGGAAGAAUUACAUCCACGAGGUUAUAAGCGUGGUGGUGGUGCUGAUACGAAGCCAACUUUGGAAUCUAAAGACGAGGAAGAAAGAGAGGGUCAGCUCAAUGUAAAUAUCUCUUCAAGUACGUCUGUUCUUUCAAAUGUCUCCGAUCCCCUGAAAAUAUUCGAUGCCGCUGUGUCUCCCGUGUCAAUACCACUCCCUAAGGAAGUUGAAGACUCCCUUCUUCAUGAAAAGAGUGGUGAUUCAACUAAUGUCCGCGCAGAUGAUAAGGUACUUGAGAACAACUCAAAUACUCAUCUGAGUUCUAUACUUUCCAACCUAUCGUCAUCUGCAUCUUCCCAACAUCUUCAAAAUUCGUCCCUCAUGAUACCUGAUAAUGCAAAUACCUCUUGAAAUGUCCAAUUAUGAACUUCAGCUUUUAUCUAAUUAAGGAUGGUUGGUUUAUCUCAAAUAAUUCGGUGUUUAAAAUUGUUCUUUUUAAUGUACGGACUAUUAGAUCAAUUAUAGAAGUAUUCAUUUCUCAAUUUUUUUGUAAUUUAAUUUUUUAGCUCUUAAAGAGCUAUUCAUUAAUUGAAUAAGAUAUAUAUUUUUUUCUUUCUUACGGCAUA